CAAUGAUCGCGUUCAAUUCAAUCUUGAGCUCCUACCAUAAUUCAACUCGAUUCUCGUUAAGAUGGCGCCCGCACAGCCAGAGCUAAAGAAGUAUCUCGACAAGCGACUAUUCGUCCAACUGAACGGUAGCCGCAAGGUUCUAGGCCUUCUCCGAGGCUACGAUGUCUUUCUAAACAUUGUGUUGGACGAUGCCGUAGAGGAGAAGGAUGGAGGCGAGAAAGUCAAGCUAGGAAUGGUUGUUAUUCGAGGUAAUUCUGUCGUCAUGCUGGAAGCAUUGGAGAGAAUUGGCGGAGAUCGCGACAAAUGAAGACAAUACGACACGAAAUAUACAACCUUGGGAACGUCCCAGCAAGGCCUUUAGUUAAUACCCACGCGAGAACCAAGCAGAAGACCAGAUUUUGUUCGCUAGUUCAGAGACCAAAACUAGCUAAUGGCGUUUUUAUGGAUGGCAAAAGUCUAGGAGAAGAGGGAUCCGUAUGUUUGGACGAUUCCCCAACUACGUUUACCAAAGGAACCAGAUACUCCUAGAGAGAUCCAUUUCUAUAGCCUAUAUGAAAUAGGCUCGGAGUCUCAGAGUCUGCCACCAAUAUAGUUCAUAUUGGAUUGCAUCCUUGACA